CCGGGAUGCGGCGGCGGGACUCUACUUAGAGCGGCGCGGGCUGUGCUGAGAGCACAGCUGGGACCGGCUGGCCGACGGGUGACCCACUGGCGUACCGACUACUGACACGAUGAGGCUGCUACUGACAUUGCUGCUGGCUGCAGCCGUCUGCGCUCGGCCUGAGCUCCUCGACGGCCUGGAGCACGCCCACCACGGUCACCAUGACCACGCCCACCAUGAGCACGACCACGACCACCACGACCACGCCCACGAUCACGGCGAGGAGCUAGCGGACGGCUCCGGAGAGGGAGAGCUCGACGAGCCGCUGGGACUGGAGUUCGGCCUGCCCGACUCCAGAGACGAGUUUCUGCAGCCACUCGACGAGCUGCCGCAGCGGUUCGAGGAGCUGCCGCAGCCCGUCAACGAGCUCUCUCUGUCGGCGGGCCAGCCUCUGAAGGAGCCGUCGCAGCCGCUGGAGGAGCCGUCGCAGCCCGCUGUCAGGCGCCGGCAGCCGGCUGUCGAGCUGCGCCGGUCCGAGAACGAGCUGCGCCAGCCUCAGGAGGCGGCUCCCGAGCUCCGCCAGCCGCGGGCCAGGGCGGAGCCGCGCGGGCCGCGGCGGCCGUACAGCUUCUCGUAUGACGCCGGCCGGUUCCCCAACCACGUGGAUCGCACGCACAGCGAAUCUCGGGACGACAGCGGCAAUGUGGUGGGCUCGUUCCAGUACCUGGACCCGCUGAAGCGCGUCGUCAAGGUGGACUACACGGCCGACAAGACGGGCUUCUACCCGACCGUGCGCGGUGCCGUGCCGGGCGCCCUGCCCAGGGAAUCGAAGGUGGUGGCGGCGGCGCGCGACACCUUCUUCAAGGAGGUGGCCCGCAUCAUGGAGGAGCACGCGCGCAUCGGCCGCCAACACGAAGCUAUGCGUGCCGCCCAGAAGGCGCGCAAGAACGGCCAGCGCGCGCUGCCCAAGAAGGAGAGCGCGCCGCCCAAGAAGGAGACCGUCGAGCUGGCCAAGACCGUGAAGCCCAGCAAGCCGGAGCCGGUGCCGGAGUUUGUGCCGGAGGCGGCGCCGGUCCCCGCGCCUGAGGUGGCGCAGGAGGUGGCACAGGAGGUGGCGCAGGAGGUCGUCCGGACCGUCCCGGUGCGGGCCGCCGUCCGCAGGAGGAACCGCCAGCAGCUCCGAGAGUCGCUGCUGCCAGCCGUCGCACCAUCCAGCGCCGAGCCGACCGAGGCGGAGGUCGCCGAGGAGGUCGAACAGGAGGCUACCGAGGUCCCCACGACCACAACCACGACCACGACCACAGCGGCUCCUGCGACCAGGAGAGCGGUCCGGCGCAGGCAGAGGAUCACCACUGAGGCUCCUACCACAACUGAGCAGAGUGUCGAGGAGCAGGAGCCGCAGGAGGAGGCAGCAGAGGAGACCCAGGCAGCGGAGCAGGAGCAGGAGGCUACCGGAGACGAGAGCGCAAUCAUUCAGCUUGAAGAGCAGCAGGAGACCGCAGUAGAGCAGUUUCUCGUAGAGCAGCGGGAGCAGGAGAAGGAGGCAGAAGAGAGCGCAGUUCAGCAGGAGACUGAGGAGCAGGAGCUGGAAACUGCGUCCGAGGAGGCGCCCGCCGCUCCGACCACCGCCGCCCCUAUUCCCGUCGUUCCUGUGCGGAGGAAGGUGGCCCGCCGGCUACUGCGGCUCCCCGUCCGCCCUGUCGAGCCCGAGCAGCCCGCUGAGGAGGCGGAGGAGGAGGAACAGGAGGAGGAGACACCCACCCCGGCCGCCACCGAGCCUCCCGCCUCCUUCCGGGACCGUCCGGCCCGCCGGCGGCAGCGACUUCCCUCUGCAGCACUGGCGGAGAACUCGGUCACCCUGGAGACGGCCCCCUCACAGGACGCCGAGACGGUGCCCGUGGUGCUGAGGAGACGGCCCGUGAGGAGGCGCCAGAGGACGACCACCACGGAGCGGCCGGUGACGGAGGAGGACGCCGCUGACACCACCGACGGCCAGCCUGAGGAGGAGACCGUCUAGCCAGCGACAGACGUUAUGUGUGUACCCGUGGUCCGUCCCUGUCCGUUCUACGUCGCAGUAGACUCGUUGUGAGAACUACAUAUGGUUCAUAUUAGACCCAUGUGUGGGAUGUAGACUGAGACUGACGCCCUAGUCGCCGCAAGCCGCGGCAGUGGGCGCUGGCUACCGUGCGCUUACAUAUACUGUUAUCCGUCCAAUAUGUGAUAUUCAUAUACUUCGCCCGUCUGUCCCUUGGACAAUACACACCAUUGCUAAUGA